AUGCAUCCGCGCUUCUUGCCAUGGUUUACCUUCGCGCAGGCCUGGGUGUGUUGGGCAGAUGGGCCCUUGGUGGCUGAACUGGAAACCGCCACCUCCGCACCUCAGUGGCCCUCGCACGUGACGCACAUGACGUGCAACCCGUUUCAUGGCUUUCAGUACUUGGUCCUGGCCAACGGUGGUGGCAUAUCAGCAGGUUGCCGGACCAGUUGGAAUCUCCAUGAAGUGGAAGUCUACGACGCGGACGGGCGACAGCUGACUCUGUCGGUCAUCUCCCUAACAGGUUCGGACCAGAGGAACCCGAGCAGCUUGGCUGCUGAUGGCUCCUUAGACACCUUCUGGGCAGGACGCGAUGACACAGCCAUCAGCUGUGCUUGCUGGGACACAUCCGCCAUCGAUGCCCAGGCCCUCUCCAUCAACUUGGGGGCGACUGCUUCGGUGUCUCGCAUAGUGGUGCACCAAGGUGGUGCCAGCAGCGAUGGAUCAACCUCACAUGCCCUCCAGCGGUUGAGGAUCUACUGUUCACGGAGUUACGCCGUGGCGCUUCCUCUCCGGAACGACAGCCUGAUGGAGGUGGAGAUUUCGAAGGCCACAACGACCAUCGCGUGUGGGUCCGCGGGUUGCGACGUGACGCACUCCCAGCCGUUGAUUCCAAAGUCCGAGUCGGCCUGGAAACCUACGGAUCCCAAAGAAGUGUCCGCUACCCUCGAGGCAGAGAAGUUUCAGGAAUACUGGACAGAUGCCCCGGUCCUCCGCAUUCCGGGGCGCAUGUUCCCAGUUGAAACUUUCUUCACCCUGAGGCCGGAGAAGGACUACCUCCAGGCCGCAGUGGAGACGUGCUGCCUGAUCAACGAAAAUGAGGGCCCUGGCGACAUUCUCUGCUUCCUCUGCGGAGAGGAGGAGAUCGAGAAGGCGUGCGCUGAGAUCCAGUCUCGAGCAGAGGAGACAGGCAUCGAGACGCUGGUGCUUCCGCUGUACUCUUCGCUGCCAAUGAAUCAGCAGAGGACUUUGCAGUCGAAAACGUCGCGCCUGCCGUUGUUUUCGCAGAGCAUCCAUGUCCGCACGAUGAUAACGUCCGUGUUGCCAGAGCAUCCAUGUCCGCGCGAUGAUAACGUCCGUGUUACCAGAGCAUCCAUGUCCUACGACGAUAACGUCCAGUUACCAGAGCAUCCAUGUCCGCACGAUGAUAACGUCCGUGUUACCAGAGCAUCCAUGUCCGCACGAUGA